AGGACAAAAUCCAAAUUCACGGCCGUCGUGUAUUUCCUCCAUUUCUUCCAACUCUCCCAGCAGCCUCUCUCCAUUUGCAAGAUCAUCACAUAGGCAUCAAAAACACCCCCAGAAAAACGAUAUAUUACCAUUUCUGCCCUUCAUGGAAUCUCCCGCCCGGCCCACCCCUCCGGAAAACCGACCCCCGGCAAACCGAUCGCCGGAACACUGGCUCCCGAGAACGCGGGAGAGCCGAUCUUCGGCACCUCCUCCUGAAAACCGUCCACCGGAAGAACGGCUCGCGAGAUCGUCGGAGAGCUGGUCUCCGGCACCCCCUCCGGAAAACCGACUCGCGGAAAACCGUCCGCCGGAACAACGGGUGCCGAGAUCACUGGAGAGUCGAUCUCCGGCACCCCUUCUGGAAAACCGACUCGCGGAAAACCGUCAACCGGAACAACGGCUUCCGAGAUCGCCGGAGAGGCGAUCUCCGGCACCCCCUCUGGAAAAUCUACUCGCGGAAAACCGCCCGCCGGAACAACGGGUCCCGAGAUUUCCAGAGUACCGAUCUCCGGCACCCCCUCUGGAAAACCUACUCGCGGAAAACCGCCCGCCGGAACAACGGGUCCCGAGAUUGCCGGAGUACCGAUCUCCGGCACCCCCUCUGGAAAACCUACUCGCGGAAAACCGCCCGCCGGAACAACGGUUCCCGAGAUUGCCGGAGUACCAAUCUCCGGCACUCCGAUUGGCGGAGAAUCGAUCCCCGGAGAAAACAACCCCAGCGAUCGAGAACCAUCCCCCGGACAGGGACGACCUGGCACUAUCGCCGGUUGUAGCGGUGAACCGGUCGAGCCGGGAUGAGAUGGGGGCGGUGACGAAGACGGAGGUGGGUGGGUUGGACCGUCGAUCAAGGGUGGUGUCGUCGAUCGUACGGCGGUCGAAGAAGGAGGCGAUGGUACGGAGAGCAGAGCUAGGGUUUAGGGUUUUGGGUCUGCUUUUCUGCCUUGUCUCGUUCUCUGUGAUGGCCGCGGAUAAGACGCAGGGAUGGGCGGGGGAUUCUUUUGAAAGAUACAAGGAAUACAGGUAUUGCAUCUCAGUGACUAUUAUUGGAUUUGUUUACGCCGGGUUCCAGGCAUUUGCACAAUCCCACCACCUCAUUACUGGGAAACACCUCAUUCGGCACCCCAUGCACUGCUACUUCGACUUCUCCAUGGAUCAGAUAUUAGCUUAUCUCCUGAUGUCCGCAUCAUCGUCCGCCGCUACCCGAACGGAUGAUUGGGUAUUGAAUUGGGGAGAAGACGAAUUCACGAAAAUGGCGAGCGCAUCGAUCGGUAUGUCAUUCCUUGCAUUUGUGGCCUUCGCAUUCAGUGCUUUGAUCUCUGGUUACAAAUUAUGUAAUCGAAGCCCAUAAUCACAAUCAUAAUAAAUAUCAUAUAUGAAAAAAAAAGAAAAUGAAGAAAUGAUGUGUUUGAAAUUCUCAUUUUCAUUGUAUAGAGAGAGUGAGAAGUGUGGGAUUCAUUUGAAAGCUUGAUUUUUACAAACGCCUUGUAUAUUUUAUGUACGUUUGUGUUGUUUUCCCAUCAGAAAGAAAAUGAAAUGGUUGCUUGUGCUGCUUGGAUGGUUA